AUGGCAGGUCAUUCAGGUCUAAGAGGAACCGACGCCAGCCAGGAUACGCGGUUCAAAGAUAAGGAAGCUGCGUCCAUCAAGGCAACCAAGUUCCCUGCCAACUUCUCCGAAAGAGUCGAUCUCCGUAAAGUCAACAUCUCGGUGUUGAAGCCAUGGAUCGCUAAAAAGGUCGUCGAGCUCAUCCGGGUGGAUGAUGAUAUCGUCGUCGAGUUUGUCUUUAGUCUGCUGGAGGACAAAGAGUCGAGUACGCCUGAUCCGAAGAAGCUGCAAGUCUCGCUGUUGGGUUUCAUGGACAAGUAUGGUGCUGCGGCGUUCAUGGAGGAAUUAUGGACGCUCUUGCUCUCAGCUCAGGCUUCUUCUACCGGUAUUCCAGCUACGUUCCUUGCUGCCAAAAAAGCCGAAAUCCAGUCUCGCCAGCAACCUGCCCCAGCAGACAGCAGCGUGAUGCGCGUCGGCGCGAUGAUUCCGCCAGGUCGACCAAAUGCUGCUGGAAUGUUUGAUGACCGUCGUGGACAGGACUCUCGACAGGUACAAGGACAAGGCUACGGCCGCGAUGGGGAUCGGAGGAACCAAGGAGAUGCUGGAUACGAUUCCCGUAUCCCCCCUCCGAGGCGGUAUGACGAUCGACCGCCACCCGGGCGAGUCGGCAACUUUGAGCAGCAGCGGGAUAAUGGGUAUGGGAAUAGGGGACCACCUCAAUCGCGUCGAUCCCCUAGUCCGCGGAGGGACAUGGGACGGCGCGAUGAUCGGGAUAGGGAUCGGGACCGUAGCGGGCGGGACCAAGGGCGAGAUGACCGCCGGCGUCCUACACCCCCUCGCCGACCUUCUCCUCCCCCUCGUCGGCGGUCUCCAUCCCCUCCUCCCCGCAGACAAUCGCCCUCGCCCCCGCCUCGCCGGCGCGCGAGGGACUCGGACACUCCUCCUGCUCGGAAACGGUCUUCACCCGUCAAAGACUCAAAGAGGAGGGAGCGGGACGAUUCCCCGCCGCGCCGCCGAGCUCGCUCUCCGUCCAGCAGCGCCUAUCCCUCCCCACCGCCCAAGCGAAGAGGCCGGAGUCCAUCUCGUACACCCACGCCUAGCGAUCCAAGGGGUCGUUCCAGAUCCCCAACUCUCACUCCGCCUCGAAGGAAGCAGGACGACUCGACCCCUCCCCGGUCGGCUCGGAAGCGGAGGGACGAUUCUACCCCUCCCAGGAAGAGACGGGACAGUUCCACUCCCCCUCGUAAAAAGCGGUCCCCGAGCCAUUCGCGGUCCCCUUCGCCGCCACCGACGAGGAGGAGGCGAUACUCGUCCACUCCGCCGCGGACUGGCGAGAAGGAGGAGAAGAGUGGGAAGGACAGGGUGAGCGAGGCGGGGAGGAAGAAGACGGAGGAGCUAGCGAGGCGGACCAAGGAGCUCGAUAGUAGUUCGGCGGGAAAGAAGAAGACGGAAGAGGCGGCGAGAAGGACAAAGAAGCUGGAGGGGGCAUUGGGGAAAAGUAGAUGGGCGGAGGACGAAUGA